ACAAUAACUGUAAAUAAAUAAAGAUUUAUAAUUUAUUUGUAUUACAGCCGGCCUAGACUAAAGAUUAAAUUAUAAAGGAAAAUGUUUACGCGAAAUAUAAUAUAUAUUUUAAUAAUUUCUAUAGUUUUACUACAACUUACCUGGUCCAAACCCUCACCUCAAGAUCGAACCUCUGAGAUAAAGCUUUUAAAAGCUCAAGAUUUGUGUCUACAAAAGACCAAAUAUGAUGGCAUGGAACCUUCGGAAACUGACAGCCAACUAACACCCACAAAUCAAUUGCUUAAAUUUACUGUAAGAGCUUUCCAGCAACUCUCGUUGCAAUAUGCUGAAACGGCAAAAAAUAUCAGUGAACAUUUACAAAAAGAUCCGGAAAUUUUGAAUUCUAAAUCGGCGAUAGUCCAAGAAUUUAAAAAGAAUUUAACACAAUUUGAAGAGAAAUAUUCGUUAUGCGAUGGACUAGACGAAUUAUUCGAUUUAGCGGAAUUGUAUUCCAAUACUACUUCAUUUUACUACGAAUUGAAUGAGUCAGAUCUUAAUGUGGACUCAAAAUUAAUUUUAUCCCUUCUGAGGAAAUAUGGUUCCGAAGAUUUAGAUAAUGAUUUCGAGAAAUACUUUAAUGUUUUGUGGAUAAUUUCGAAAAGAAUUAGAAGAACUUAAAGAGGAUAUGAUUAAGGAUGAGGAUAAAGCCAGCAAAUUAAUACUGGAAUGGUAUGAGAAGUUUAAAGCCCUCAAGGAUUAUGAUGAUAAAAUUAAUGCUUUCGAGAAAUUCUUUACAUUUUUUGAUCCCGUAGAAAAACUGAGAGUUUCCAAAGUUGACAUUGCACAGUUGAAAUUAUGUUCUGUGUACUAACUAAGAAAUCGCGGAGAAAAAGGUUGAAUAGCCAAAUAAAUUAUGCCCAUAUCAGAUUUGAGUUUUUAUUUCUAUUUUUUCAAUACUCUAUUUUUUUCUUUGUUUUAAGAAUAAUUACAAUUAUUAUUAAUUCUUGAUUAAUGCUAAAGUUUUGCAAAUAAACAACAAUUUUAUUAUUUAUAAGAUCUUGGAAUUUAA